CACGCUGACCCUCAAAAUGGGGGGCCCAAAAUAGUCCCCUCGUGUACUCCCUGUUCACUCACAACUGCGUGGCCGCUCACAACUCCAAUACCAUCCAUUAAGUUUGCAGUCGACACGACGGUGGUGGACCUGUUUACUGACGACGAUGAGACAGCCUAUAGGGAGGAGUUGUUCUGGAAAGAGCCAUGCAAUUCUCUCCGGGCUGUUUGGUGUUGGUGUUCUCCCUUUUCCAUAGUGCACCUAGAGCUCCGGCCACUGUGGUUGAGGACUUCAACCAUGUAGAACGAUGCAAGGAUUCCUUAUACAUGGGAACCCCACCACGGGGAAUCAUUGAUGCCAAACUGAAGAAGAUCUGUCAGCGCUAUGCAGACAAGCCACGCUUCGUGACCCUGUACGACCCUCAGAAACGAAUCCCUGUCUACUCAGCCUACUCCUUCAAGAAGACAGAGGGAGACCGGCGCGUGGACUACCCCUGGAUGUAUGAGCCACAGCUGGCAGAGGUUGAUGGCAAUGGAAACAUGCUACCCUUCCCUACCGGCUACCUGCACAUGAAGUUUGAGGACAGCCAAGCAGUGCUGGAUGACUACUCUGACGUAGUACUGUAUGAACGUGGCCACCUGAACCCAGACCAGCACCAGUCUGACCCUCAUGACCGAGCCUCCACUUACACCCUGACCAACGUGGUGCCAGAGAUCAGAGAGUUCAACAUUGGGCCGUGGCGUGAGCACGAGGAGCGUAUCCGUGUCCGCCUCAACAACUACUGCCGUGGCACCGCCUUCAUUGUCACAGGGGUGACCACUACAGGUCACAUGAUUCGCCGGAACAACCAGGACCGCGUGGCCAUCCCUGAGGACGUGUGGACUGCCUACUGCUGCACUGACUACGACCGCAACGCCCCCCACGAUGUCCGCAUUCGCUUCCCCUCCCAGGCUGCCCUGGCCAAGAACGCCAAGGAGGGCAACACGGUCCACGAGAUAACUGUUCAGGACUUGGAGAACUUCCUGAAGACCCGGAUGGACGUGGACCAGAACCUGCAGCUCUUCUAUGACAACUGCAUCUCCCCCUCUCCCCUCCCUCUGUACCUCCACCACACCAUCUAAACGCUCCCCAGCAGCUACCAUACCCACCUACUCUGUGUGCUCUGUGUAUCUCAAAUGUGUAUGCUCAGUGCGCUAGUAGUUUUUAUAAUGAUUAAAUAUGAUGUACACUGGCAGUUUGUUAAAAGUUUUGUACUUGUAACAGAACAUUCAUAGCAUUUGGUCAUGCUUUGGAUAUGCUUUUAUUAUCUAAGAUCUGCUUUGCAAAUGACUUCUGUUGUAGUGUAGGCUAAUUGUCCUUCCAAAUUAAUUAUGUUGUAGCGUAGGCUAAUUGUCCUUCCAAAUUAAUUAUGUUGUAGCGUAGGCUAAUUGUCCUUCCAAAUUAAUUAUGUUGUAGCGUAGGCUAAUUGUCCUUCCAAAUUAAUUAUGUUGUAGCGUAGGCUAAUUGUCCUUCCAAAUUAAUUAUGUUGUAGCGUAGGCUAAUUGUCCUUCCAAAUUAAUUAUGUUGUAGCGUAGGCUAAUUGUCCUUCCAAAUUAAUUAUGUUGUAGCGUAGGCUAAUUGUCCUUCCAAAUUAAUUAUGUUGUAGCGUAGGCUAAUUGUCCUUCCAAAUGAAUUUUGUUGUAGUGUAGGGUAAUUGUCCUUCCAAAUGACUUCUGUUGUAGUGUAGGGUAAUUGUCGCUCUAUUUUCUGUAUUUCUAGCACUCUUUUUAACUGCAAUUGGCUUUGCGCUAUCUGUCCCCUUAUAAAACAGCUCAGUGGCAUUCAAAUACAAUGGUGUAGUGUGUCAACCAUUCAUGGAAAGGUGUUAUCUGCUCAUAGUUGGAAAGUGGUUGUAAAAUGGACUAUACCAUCAAAGGCUGUAAAGAGUGUAUCUUCUUUGAAUAAAACAAAUGAGUUCUCUGA